AUGACAAAAGAUGAGGAAAAUGGACAACAAGAAAAGAACGAAAAGAACGAAAAGAAAAGUCCAAUCACUACAAGUGAUGAGGUCUCUACUCUUGAGGAGAGAUAUCAUGUUCGUGGGACUGAGGUAAUUGGUUUGCUGAGGAUAUACUUCUCUCUGAAGAAGAUUUCUAUCAUCGUCGUCGUCAUCAACAUCACCAUCAUCAUCAUCGGUAUCUUUAUCACCAUCAACAACACCAUCAUCAAAAUCAACAUUAACAUUUUCGGCAUGACCAUCAGACCAUCAUCACUCCCAUCAUCGGCAUGA